CACGUUAUAUGAGGGGGAGUGAGGGAGGGAUGAAGGGACGGAGAACCAGAAUAGCAGAAUAAGAAUGAGAGGAGAUGAAAGAUGCUGAAGUGUUAGAUUCUGCAAGCACCACCCGGACAAACAGAGCUCCUCAAUGUUACAAUGACUCUGAGCAGUGGAUAAUGCUGUCAUGCUUCAUUCAUUGAGCAGCCUGAUCAAUAUUUGAGGUGAAGAAAUCGAUGACUGUCCCUGAGCAACACCCACUGGGAUUUUCUGCUGGGCUCUGGAGAUCCGCGUCUUAAAAUGUCAGAUCACGAAGACAUUACUAAAGCCAUGGGACACUGGAACACCUCGGAGAGCUAUCAGCUCAACCCGGCCAGCGUCAUCGUGUCAGUGGUCUUCUCGCUCAUCUUUCUUUUGGGAACCGUCGGGAACAGCCUGGUUCUCGCUGUGCUACUCAGAAGCGGGCAAGUCGGAUAUAACACCACCAAUCUUUUCAUCCUCAAUCUCAGCGUAGCUGAUUUCUUUUUCAUUAUCUUCUGCGUGCCUUUCCAAGCCACCAUCUACUCUCUGGAGGGCUGGGUGUUCGGUUCCUUCAUGUGCAAGGUUGUUCAUUUCUUCAUCAACCUCACCAUGUACGCCAGCAGUUUCACCCUGGCCGCUGUCUCCGUGGACAGGUAUCUGGCCAUUCGCUACCCCCUACGCUCCAGAGAACUGAGAACGCCGUGUAACGCUGUCGUCGCUAUGGUAGUCAUCUGGGGCCUGUCUCUUGUUUUCGCUGGCCCUUAUUUGAGUUACUACGACCUCAUUGAUUUCGAAAACAGUAACGUGUGCGUACCCGGCUGGGAGGAACAUAAUCGUAAAGUGCUGGAUACCUGUACGUUCGUGUUCGGCUACGUCAUUCCCGUGCUUAUCGUAAGUCUGUCUUAUACACGCACCAUCAAGUACCUCUGGACAGCGGUCGACCCUCUGGAUGGCAUGUCGGAGUCGAAACGAGCGAAGCGAAAGGUCACCAAGAUGAUCAUCAUAGUCACCGUGCUGUUUUGCAUCUGCUGGCUGCCGUACCACGUGGUCAUUUUGUGCUACCUCUACGGAGAUUUCCCCUUCAACCAGACCACGUACGCAUUCAGACUGCUGUCCCAUUGCAUGGCCUACGCCAACUCCUGCCUCAACCCAAUCGUUUACGCCUUGGUGUCCAAACACUUUCGCAAGGGCUUCAAGAAGGUGUUCAGCUGCAUUCUUAGCAAAAAGGGACGAAACAAGGUACAUGUGGUCCACGUGGCCAACACCGUACCGGGAUUCGAGGCCGGUUCUACCGAAGUAUCUCAGAUGAACGAAGAGAACGCCAGACAGAACGAGAACGAAAUGGUCAACCGUCCGCUAGCCGAGCCGCAGAAUGCAACCAUGACCAUAACAUUACCCUUUCAGAAUCAACCCUGAGAACGGCUAAUGAUGCCUUAAAGAAGCCUUAUUAAUGAACUCAAACAGAGCCGGAGCCGGAUUUUUGCUGCUUUGAUCCAUAUCACCAUGGUUUUGCUUUGACUAAAUGAGUACAGCAAAGACUGUAGUUAUUUAUUUGUUCGAAUCACCGAACAAAUUGAAAACGUAUUUCCGUUUUGCUUUGCUAUUUCGAUUGUAAUGUUUUAUUUAUGAGCUCUUUCAUUUUUGAGCAGUGCUGUUUGUUUGUUUGUUUGCGUUUCCUUCAGAGCAUGUUUCAAUUUAACGCUGUGAUGACUACUUUCCUGUGAAAAAUCCCUUAGCGAUUACCAUCUGUAACACACUUUAAUAUCUGAAGAACACUUUUUAUCUUUACAUGUGUGAAGCUGUGAUUUCUUACCAGGCUUAAGGACUCUUUUGAUUGUGUGCCUCAACUUCUAACAAGCUCUUUAAAAUGUGCUUAUGUUAAGUAUGUUCUGGCUCUUACACCUGUUUCAGCUUUGUAGAUUUCUGCUGUUGUAAAAUGUCUUGUUGAGUUGUACAUCAAUAGCUGGACUUUAUUUUAAAGUGCCCUUGUUACAGUGUAAUUAUACAUUUAAGUUUAUUGAGUAAUAAUGAUUAACAUGUUCUUACUAUAGGGUUAAAGUUAGGAUUAGGAUUGGGUUCAGGGUUAGUUGCAUGUAAUUAGGCAUAAUUACUAUAGUAAUUACAUGUGACAUGUGUAACAAAGCCACUGUAAAAUAAAGUGUUAAGGGCCGUUUACAUUAUAACGAUAACUAUAAAAUAUAUAGUUUUAAAAAUUGUUUUAUUUUAAAGAGAACAGCGGAGUUCACACCACAACUAAUAAUAAAGAUUCCACCAUUGGUGGAGUGGGCCAUAGACUGUAAAAAAGAUGGCCGACGCGGCAUCGCCUCCUUCCAUUGUAAUGAAUUGAAGCUUAAAUGUCCGACAAUGGUUGCCGUUGCCAUGAGCAAUUCGGUCCCCCCGGGCAAUUCGGUCUCCCCUAGGACCCCGCGGGACUCCAUUGGCUGAAAAAACUCCUCAUGGGUAGUUUUCUUAGCGCCUUAUUACAAUUCCUACACAAUCGCGUUAUGAUUUAUGUAGUUAGAACAUUGUUAAAAUUACAAUUGACAUCUUUUAAAUAAUAUGUUUCAUAUAGUAGUAUAUAAAUGAGGCUAUAGGUGGGAGAUCUACACAUUGUUUGUGUCAUUUUAUUAUUUAGAUUACCAUUUCCACUUUUGACUGUCUACUUAUACAAUUACUUACUCAUUAAUUACUUAUACAAAACAUGAUUACUACAUAGUUGAAUCACACAUUUAAAUUAUAAUUAUAAACCAUGAUUACUACACUUUUACUAUUAAAAAUAUAUAUUCCGUAAGGUAUGUUAAUAAUUUACAAAAAAUAAAAGUAUUGUUUUUGUAAAGCAGAUGAUGACACAAAAGUACUGACGUGUCUGCAACAUGAAUAUUAGUUUAUUAUAUUGUUUUUUUAGUUAACUUUUUUUUUUAUUUAAUGUUUCUAUUUUGUACAACACAAUUAGCUUGCUAGCCGCGUAUGAAGACGAGAUAUUGCAAUGACACAUUUUUGAGCAGGCAUUAGUGCUAGAUACCAAUCCGGGUCCUAGGGGAGACUGAAUUGCUCGGGGGGACUGGAUUGCUCAUGACACCAUGUUACAUAUGAACGUCAGUUUGGAGCCAAGGCAUGCGCAAAAGGAAUUGUCAGUGGAGCCAAAGGCAGAGCAGCAGUAUCAAACUUCUGCCCAAACGCUCGCGCCCCCAAUUCAACCACGCCAUUCAUAACAACACGCAUCUUUUCUAUAGCAUCAUAUUACUAGCUAAAAUGAAACUGAUCAAAAAAAUGAAAAAUUUAACAUAUAUCACCGUGAUAACAACUACCUUAAAGGACCAAAAACAUCUUUCGGAAAAUUUUAUUGGAAGUGUACAUUUUUUUUCAUUUAGAGCAGAGUCCCAUUUGUUUGAAUGGAGAGGGCGGGGUUUAUUACUUGUACUGCAGUCUAUUAGCCACCAGGAGGCGAUCAAAGAGCCAGCUGCUUCACUUUUCAAGGCGUAUGAGGCACACCUGGUGUGGACGCUAAUAAAGUUAUUGUUAUAAGGUGAACGACCCUUUACCUUUAUUACACAAGCUGCUCAGUGUUUACUUUACCCAUAUAAACAUGGUUAAAUAGUAAUGUUUAACUCAGAAUUCAGACAACCAUUGGUUUACUUCUUGUGCUGCCUUAACUUCAUGUCUCAAUUUUGCUCAGUAUGUUUAAUGUACUGCAGUUGAAAAGCAAGUUGUAUGUUGAAGGUUUUCAAUUUGAUGUUGAAAGUGAAUUUUAAUAAAAUGCGCAUUGGUAA